AGUGUUUCACUAUCAACAAGAUGCUCUUCCUUGAGUUCCCUAAUGGCUAUCACCUGGAGCUCCUUAUUCUUACAUCGAUGAUCAACGGUGAACUUCUCAUCACAAUGGUAGCACAAUCCAUUUUCCUGUUUUGAUUGUAUUUUGGCAUCAGUAAGUCGUUUGAAGGGAGGAGCGAAUUUGGGAGCAAUAUUAGAGCAAUGGGGAUUGGAAUUUAUGGGGGUCAAUGGUUUUAGAGUGGGAUUUGGAGGUUGGGCUAGAUAGGGAUUUUAGCCCAGAGAGGAAUAUUUGGAUUUAAAUGGGCCGAGGCUAGUCAGGCCGAACCAGAUCACGUUAUUCCUCUCUUCAACCUGGAAAGCCACCUCCAUAAUUUGCUCUAGGCCCACUAGCUUAAGCAAUUGGACCUCUGUCUUUAUAUUUGCCUUUAGUCCGUUAAUAAAAUUACUUUCCUCCUCCGAAAUGUUUUGUAACAGUGACGCAAGGAUCUCAAACUGUUGACGAUACUCCUCAAGGUGGUAGUCUGGCAAAGGGCCAGAAACAGAGCGUAGAGGGACCCUUGCUGCAACAAACGAAAUCGUUGCAGCAGUCAGAGUUUCAACUCUUUCCAAUUCAAAAUGGCUCGCUGUUGAUCUUCCCAUUGAUACAGGCCAAAGCUUCUCCUUCCAAAAAGACCAUCGCGGCUUCUCUCCUUCUCCUUCGUCAUUAGGUUGAUGGUGAAAUAGCGUUCCACACGGAAGACCCAGGCCUUGACCAUCAAAUUGGUGAGUGAGGAAAGGGGUCUAGUAUCAAUUCCGUUUAUGUAAUUUUCCACAGUUCUUAUUUAAUAAAAGAUCUACUUUAUUCAAUUCCUUUUUAGCUUGAAUCCUAACAAAUUGGUAUCAGAGCAUGUGUAUCCUGAUGGCUCAAAAAAAAAAAAAAAAAAAGAAAAAAACAGAGGGCAUGAUAGAAUCCAUGGAGAAAGAGUUGGAAGAAGUUAAGAUCGAGUUGCAAAGGCUACCAGGCUUAGAACGGACAAUGGAACAUUUGGCUCAGAACGUAGGCAAAAUGAUGCAAGCCUUGGAAGAAACUAGAAGGGCAGUAGCAGCCUUCUCAAAUCCAAAGUCGGGGACAAAGGGAAGAUCGAAAGGCGAUGGGUUAGGGAGUAUUACCAGAGGGCAUGUACCUCCAAACAUACUUCCAACUGCCGUGGGCGAUCAACGAACGAUGGAACGUAGCGAAUGGCAAAAAGGUAUUGGGGAAGCUAGCUAGGGGAGAAUAUCAAUUGCCACGGACCAUGAAGGAGGAGGAGACAGUUGGCGUCGAGUGAGGAAGCUCGAAACGCCCAUUUUUAGUGGGGAAGAUUCAGAUGGGUGGCUCUCCUGUGCGGAAAGGUAUUUUGAGAUCAAUGGAUUGACGGAGCGUGAGAGAAUAGGAGUAAUUGGUGUAAGCUUGGAAGGCAAUACUCUCUCGUGGCUUCAAUGGACGGAGGCAAGGAGGCCAUUCCAGAACUAGCAGGACUUUUGAAAACAACUCCUAAUGCAUUUCAGGCCAACCCAGGAUGGCAGUUUAUGUGAGAAGUUUUUUGCGGUGAAGCAGGAAGGGUUAGUCGCAGAAUUUACGAGAGCAUUUGAGGUUUUGGCUGCACCGUUAAAAGAUCUCCCUGAUGAAGUGCUUGAAAGCACGUUCAUGAAUGGGCUUCUACCAAAAAUUUGGGCUGAAAUAUGCUUAUUGUGCCCGACAGGAUUGAGCCAGAUAAUGGAGGCAGCCCAAAAGGUGGAGGAUCGAAAUUUGGUGCUAAGCAUCAGCCCAGAAAAUUCACAAAUUCGUCCCAAAUUCAAUCAAGGCAAGAACGUUCUCCACCAAGGCAGUGACGGUGGAGAACCGACUUACCAAUAAUAAGAGAGAAACACCCAUAAAACGCAUGACUGACGUAGAGUGGAGGUCGAAGCGAGAGAAGGGUCUAUGCUUUCGUUGUGAGGAAAAAUACACAAUUGGUCACAGGUGCAAAAAUCGGGAGUUGCGUGUAUUGUUGGUGCAGGACUGCGAAGAGAAGGGGCGACUGACUACGAAAAUUCGGUGGAGGAACUAUCGCUCGAGGUAACAGAGACGGUAGAAUUAUCGCUCAACUCUGUGAUAGGGCUGACCCGCCAGGCACCAUGAAAUUAAGGGGCAAAAUCAGAUCACGAAAGGUGAUGGUGUUGAUCGAUUGUGGGGCAACCCACAAAUUUAUCUCUUUGGAAGUAGUUCGGAAAAUCGGGCUGCCAACCACAGCUACCAAAAAUUAUGAUGUUGUAAUGGGAACGAGCGAGUCAGUGACGGGAAAAGGGAUGUGCAAAGGAGUAGUACUGGAAUUACAAGGGUUGACAAUCAUCGAAGACUUUUUGCCACUGGACUUAGGCAGCACAAAUGUGGUACUGGGCAUGAAAUGGUUAGGCACGUCAAGGAGCAUAGAGGUCAACUGGAAGUUGUUGACCAUGAAAUUCCAAUUGGGGGAUGGUUGGAUGACACUCAAAGUUGAUAAAGGGCUAAAUAAAUCAAGAAUUUCCUUGAAAGCCAUGAUGAAAACACUACAGAACGAGGACUCACAAGGGACACUACGAAUUCCUUGUAAUGCCAUUCGGCCUCACCAAUGCCCCAACAACAUUUCAGUCAUUGAUGAACUAGGUAUUCAAAAAUUAUUUGAGGAAGUUCAAUUUGGUUUUCUUUGAUGACAUUUCGGUGUACAGUAAAGAUGUGGCGUCCCACAAGCAUCAUCUAGAGGUGGUGUUUGUCAUUUUAAAAAGGCAUAAGUUGAGUGCAAAUAGAAAGAAAUGCCUCUUCGCUCAACCACAGAUAGCAUACUUGGGUCACUUGGUUUCAACAGCGGGGGUGGCAGCUGACCCCAAGCAAAAUCACGACCAUGGUUCACUGGCCAACUCCUCAAAAUCUGCAAAAAUUUCGAGGUUUCUUGGGGCUAACAGGCUAUUACAGGAGAUUUGUAGAAGGAUAUGGCACCAUAUCUUGGCCACUUACCCAACAGUCGAAGAAAGAUUCAUUUGGCUGGAUUGUAGAAGCAGAUGAGGCGUUUGGGCGGUUAAAGCAGGCUAUGACUACUGUUCUAGUUUUAGCCUUCCCCGAUUUCUCGAAAUCCUUCAUUAUAGAGACCGAUGCUUCGAGUUGUGGGGGUAGAGGCAAUCCUCAUGCAAGACCAACAGCCUGUUGCAUUCUUCAACCAAGUACUUUCAGCAAAAUCUCGACACAAGUCCAUCUACGAGAGAGAGUUGAUGGCCGUCGUGUUAGCAAUUCAAAAAUGGAGACAUUAUGUGUUGGGUAGGAAAUUUGUUGUUCGCACCGACCAGCACAGCCUCAAAUACCUCCUGGAACAAAGAAUGAUCCCAAGGUACUUCCAAUGCUGGGUAACCAAGCUGUUGGGAUUUGACUUUGAGAUUUAAUAUCGACUAGGAUUGAAAAAUAAGGCAGCUGAUGCAUUAUCACGCAUUCCCACUCCUAUGAAACCGAGGACACUCACCUUCUCAAAACUAUUGGAGGCACAAUUAAUUGAGACUGAAGUAAAAAUGAUCCAGUGUUGUCUAAAAUCAGGAAAGAAAUGCAGGACGACCCAGAUGCACACCCGCGGUACUCAAUCCUAUAGGGAAAGUUGCUAUACAAAGGGCGACGAUGAUCUCUCGCACUUCAACUUUAAUUCCUUCUUUGCUACAUGAAUUCAAUAGUAGCACAUUGGGAAGCCAUUCCGGGUUCCUUCGCACCUACAAACGACUGACUGGAGACUUAUAUUGGACGGGGAUGAAGGCAGAUAUCAAGAAGUUUGUAGCAGAAUGUCCAGUGUGUCAGCAAAACAAGAUAAUGCUCUAUCUCCAGCUGGGUUACUGCAGCCUCUACUGAUUCCCCAUCUCAUUUGGGAUGACAUUUCAAUGGAUUUUGUGUAAGGACUGCCGAGAUCAAGAAGGUACAAUGCAAUCUUAGUCGUGGUGGAUCGUUUAAGUACGCGCAUUUUGUGCCCACUUAAACACCCGUUUACAUCAGCUGGGGUCACGACAAUUUUCGUUAAUGAAGUUGUACGUCUCCACGACAUUCCCAAUUCUAUUAUCUAAGAUAGGGAUAAGUUGUUCUUAAGCCAUUUUUGGACAGAGCACUUUCGGUUGCAAGGGACCUUCCUUUGCCGAAGCAUAGCCUAUCACCCUCAAACCGAUGGGCAGACCGAAGUAAUCAAUAGGUGUUUGGAAACUUAACUUCGUUGCUUCACUUAUGAUCAGCCCUGGACAUGGUACUCAUGGCUCCCAUGGGCUGAGUAUUGGUAUAAUACAACAUUUCACUCUUCAACGAACACAACUCCCUUCUGGGCAGUGUAUGGACGAGACCCCCCUCCGUUAAUUCGCCUUGGCAAUCAGGUCACAAUGGUAGCAAUGGUGGAACAACAAUUGAAAGACCAUAACCUUAUGCUAGAAGAGUUAAAAUCUCAUCUUCUCCGUGCUCAAGAAAGGAUGAAAAGAGAGGCAGAUAAGCACAGAAGAGAUGUCCAGUUUGUGACCGUGGACUUGGUUUAUAUCAAAUUACAACCCUACCGCCUAUGUUCAUUGGCCAAGAAGGAGAAUGAAAAGUUAGGGCCUAAGUAUUUUGGUCCGUUUGAGGUAGAAAAACGUAUAGGGCCAGUUGCAUAUCGUCUAAAAUUGCCUCUUGAAACUACAAUACACCGUCUUCCAUGUAUCGCAGCUGAAGAAGGCAGUAGGUGCUACUGAGGCAAAUAAACUAUUUCCAUCUCAUCUCGAUUCAAACCUUGAAUGGAUUGUGGAGCCUGAUCAAGUCUUGGGAGAACGCCCAGGUGGAGAGGUACUAAUAAAAUGGAAGGACCUACCUAUUACCGAGGCAACCUGGGAGUCAACAGAAUCUAUCCUUAAACAAUUCCAAGUUUUCACCUUGAGGACAAGGUGUC